CCAUAGGCUGGACCAAAUCCCUUGUAUUUCGUUUGAUUUUUAAAAAGUUCAACGAAUAUAAAAUCCCCGCUGAGAACAUAUCAAGAGCCAUUGAGCAUGACCUUUCAACCGUGACGGGAACAUUUAGAGUUGAAGACUGUGGCUCAAACAGAAAUAAAAUAUUUGCUAUUUACUGUACAGUAUUUAGCGAAAUGACUGAAAGUCAACUGCGGCGCAAUAUCUCCCAAGUUUUGAACAAUUCCCAGGAAUUGCUUAACUUAGGAGUUAAGAAAAGCCACAUUAAAUUCAUUGAUGAAAUGGUUUGUGAUGAAAGCACCACAUCAACUAACAAUCGAGCUUUCUCUUGGCCAAUGACAAAAAUAGGAACUACUGCGGAGAUCCCGUGUCAUGGAAAUGUAGCCACCAGGCAUUGUUCUUCCAGAACGAUGGGGCAUCCAGAAAUGGCAUCAAGUCAAAACCUGUCAUCACAAAAGUGUUCACCGUUUACUGGUAUCUGGCAAGAACCAGACAUGUCUCAAUGUUACAAUGCAGAACAGAGCAAAGGCAUUGAUGAUGGUGAGCGAGCAAAUUAUUUUUAAAUGACUUUUACAGUAGUAGAAGUA